GGGGGCUGACAAUGUAGAGUACUGGGCACUACAGGAUCCAGCUAGGGGAACACUCGCCGUGCCUGUCUGUCUGUCUGUCUCUCUGUCUGUCUAUAUCCUAAUCCUAUUUGCCUAUAUUACCUAUCCCCUGACCAAACAUCGGCUGGGUAAGUUUUCACCAUCUUGUUUCAUUUUGACAGAGGCUUGGAAGGGAUUGUGGUGUUGGGAGUCAGUAGGUUUUUUGGCACAGUGCAUGAAACCAUACAAUUCUACUAUAGUAAGUGCACUUUCUUUAAAGCUAUUUGGAACAUGAUUUAGAUGUAUGGCUGUAGCUAUUAGUUUACUAGUGAUAGAAUAAUAGCACAAACAGUUUUUUGUAAAUAAGACUACAGAGGCCCUUGUAAAUGUACACUAAAAUCAUCAAUCAAUAAAUAUCACCACUAUUUCUACUAAAUCUAUGAAUGCUAAUGAUUCUAUGCAGUCAUAUAUAUAUAUAUAUAUAUAUAUAUAUAUAUAUAUAUAUAUAUAUAUAUAUAUAUAUAUAUAUCAGUACCAGUCAAAAGUUUGGACACACCUACUCAUUCAAGGGUUUUUCUUUAUUUUAUUCUACAUUGUAUAAUAAUAGUGAAGACAUCAAAACUAUGAAAUAACACAUAUGGAAUCAUGUAGUAACCAAAAAAGUAUUAAACAAAUCAAAAUAUAUUUCAUAUAUGACAUUCUUCAAGGUAGCAACCCUUUACAUUGAUGACAGCUUUGCAUACUCUUGGAAUUCUCUCAACCAGCUUCAUAAGGUAGUCACCUGGAAUGCAUUUCAAUUAACAGGUGUGCCUUGUUAAAAGUUAAUUUGUGGAAUUUCUUUCCUUCUUAAUGCGUUUGAGCCAAUCAGUUGUGUUGUGGCAAGGUAGGGGUGGUAUACAGAAGAUAGCUCUAUUUGGUAAAAGACCAAGUCCAUAUUAUGGCAAGAACAGCUCAAAUAAGCAAAGAGAAACAACAGUCCAUCAUUAAUUUAAGACAUGAAGGUCAGUCAAUACGGAACAUUUCAAGAACUUUGAACGUUUCUUCAAGUGCAGUCGCAAAAACCAUCAAGCGGUAUGAUGAAAUUGGCUCUCAUGAGGACUGCCACAGGAAAGGAAGACCCAGAGUUACCUCUGCUGCAGAGGAUAAGUUCAUUAGAGUUACCAGCCUCAGAUUGCAGCCCAAAUAAAUGCUUCCCAGAGUUCAAGUAACAGACACAUCCCAACAUCAACUGUUCAGAGAAGACUGCGUGAAUCAGGCCUUCAUGGUCGAAUUGCUGCAAAGAAACCACUACUAAAGGACACCAAUAAUAAGAAGAGACUUGCUUGGGCCAAGAAACACAAGCAAUGGACAUUAGACCGGUAGAAAUGUGUCCUUUGGUCUGAUGAGUCCAAAUGGAACAUUUUUGGUUCCAACUGCCGUGUCUUUGUGAGACGCAGUGUAGGUGAACAGAUGAUCUCCGCAUGUGUGGUUCCCACCGUGAAGCAUGGAGGAGGAGGUGUGAUGGUGUGGGGGUGCUUUGCUGGUGACACUGUCUGUGAUUUAUUUAGAAUUCAAAGCACACUUAACCAGCAUGGCUACCACAGCAUUCUGCAGCGAUACGCCAUCCCAUCUGGUUUGCACUUAGUGGGACUAUCAUUUGUUUUUCAACAGGACAAUGACCCAAAACACACCUCCAGGCUGUGUAAGGGCUAUUUGACCAAGGAGAGUGCUGGAGUGCUGCAUCAGAUGACCAAGCCUCCACAAUCACCCAACUUCAACCCAAUUGAGAUGGUUUGGGAUGAGUUGGACCGCAGAGUGAAGGAAAAGCAUCCAACAAUUGCUCAGCAUAUGUGGGAACUCCUUCAAGACUGUUGGAAAAGCAUUCCAGGUGAAGCUGGUUGAGAGAAUGCCAAGAGUGUGCAAAGCUGUCAUCAAGGCAAAGGGUGGCUAUUUGAAGAAUCUCAAAUAUAUGUUAUUUCAUAGUUUUGAUGUCUUCACUAUUAUUCUACGAUGUAGAAAAUAGUAAAAAUAAAGAAAACCCCCUGAAUGAGUAGGUGUUCUAGAACUUUUGACCGGUAGUGUAUAUAUAAACACUAAUACUAACAUGCAUCCGUAGAGAUAACAUUUAAGUAGUGAAGCCAGUAUUUGCUGUUUGUGGACUUUAGAAGUAAAACAGAAACCUUUGGCCCUCUGACAAACACUUGUGAUCCCAGAGCAAAUCACCACCCAUCUUUGCACUGUAGAACCAGGCCUAAGCUGCGCCACACUGACCACUAGCCAAGAAAUCCUCCUUUUAAUUGGCUCUCAAUUCCUCUCAGCCAAUUAGUGGUUCCCUGUCCAGCAGCAAUAGGUACUUUGUUAUUGCUCUGUAAAAGUGAGUGGUUCAAUAAUUGCUAUGCAUUGAUAAUCACUGUUAUUGAAUCUUAAAUAUCAACGUUAUUGUGACAGGGUAGGAACCAUCGUUUCAGCCAAUGUUUCCCAGCUGACCUUAAUUGGUGUUGAACAUGUGACAUGUAUAAAAGCACUCUAGAGUUCUUUUCAGGUAAGCGUUUGGUACUGGAACAUCCAUUGUAGGGGUUUUGUCAAGUCUAAUUUCUGUGAGUAACCAUUUUAUGAACAUGCUGUCUGGGAAGAAAUGUUUGUGCUGUGGUCUGUUGUUCUGAAAAGUUGUUUCCAGUUGAUUUGUGUUGGGAGAGGCUUUGCUGGCUUUGGGUCCAAGCAGUGUUGAUAGCGUCCUCCCUUAAGUGAAGUAUUGGUUGUCACUGUUUUUGGUCACUGUGUAGUUUAACUUGGUCUAUCUGGUCGUGUGAAAGCACUGUUGCACUUUAGAAAGGACCUGAAACCUAAGAAAACGUUGGGGUAUUCAUGUCAAUGUGUUUUGUAUGUGUACCUACCUAUUUCUAUACAAGCAAACCUUUAUCAUUUAAAUGUUGCAUAAAAAAAGAAAAAAAUCCUUAGACUUUCCCCGAAAUGGGCCUUGAACCUGUAACCUUACAUUAUUGUACAGGUUUGUUCUGUAUUGCAGGCUAGCUGUUGGGAUAUGACGCUGUAUCUGCCUGUGCUCUUGCUGCUCUGCCUCUGUCGGCUGGGACUGACUGUAAGAGGGCCAACCAUAACCUCACCCCAAAACACAUCAACCUUCCUUAAAUAUCUAACCUUUAAUUGGGAAAGGAUUGGCUACAAGACUUUUGAAGCAACCUAACCCUACCCUGGUCUUUACAGUCUAACCCCAAGACUCUCUUUCUCUCUCAGGAUGAAACUAGUAUGGUAGCUCCUGAGGACCACUCCUGUGGAGAGCCGGUGUUCAGACAGGAGGCCUGGCGGUCAGUAGGAGGUGCUGUAGAGAGACUGGGCCGGCAGCUACUGAACAGCCUGCAGACAGGGCCGGAGCAGCCCAACGUCAUCUUAUCACCCCUAAGUGUGGCCCUCGCACUGGCACAGCUCGCACUGGGUGAGGCACGUGUGUGUGUGCGCAUGUAUAAUGUCAAGAGUGAGUAUGUAUCUGAGAUUGUAUAUGCAUGUCUGUUAGCUUUUAUCUCCAAGACCUAAUGUGCUCAACAUGGUCGUUGCCUCCUUGUUUUUCCCUAUCAGGAGCUCAUAACGAGACACAGAAGUUGUUGCUCAGUUCUCUACACGCCCACACCAUACCCUGCUACCAUCACACCCUGGGCAGCUUGCUCCAACACCUCACCAACACUUCCCUACAGGUGGCCACACGCAUGUACCUGCGUCCAGGUGUGUUUCCAGGAUGAGCAGAUGUUAGUGCUGCAGCUCUGUGCCAGAAAAUGACAAUCUACUAACAUAAUUAUAAAGCACACCCAUUGUAACUGCCGUUAAUGCAGUAAAGGUCUGACAAUUAUUUUGACACUUUGUGUAUGUGUUCUGUUCACCUCUCUCUCUCAGAGUUUGAGGUGUACCAGUCCUUUGUUGCAGAAUCCCUGCAUAGGUACAGAUCAGAGCCCGCCCCCCUGAUCUCAGUGGAGGAGGUCAACCAAUGGGUGGAGGAUGCCACCAAAGGUCACAUUACCAAUUUCCUGCCUAGUAUUCCGCAUGACAUCGUGCUCAUGCUUAUCAAUGCUGUGCAUUUCAAAGGUAUGCCCUUUCACUCCCUGUUUUAAAAUAUAGGUUUUGAAACUGUAUACCAUACAUUAGUGUCUACCUCUUACAACUGUGGCUUGUUCUCCUGUUGUCUCUGGUAGGUGAGUGGGAGGCUCGCUUCGACCCUCAGCUCACGCAGAAGGAUGUCUUCUACCUGGACAAUAAGAACUUUGUCCAUGUGGACAUGAUGCGUUCAGCCAAGUACCCACUGAGCCUGUUAGAAGAUGGGGAGCUUGGGGCUCAGGUGAGCUGGGCUGGCUGUGUUCUGCCGUCUGCUGCGGUCUUUCUCCAUUUCUAUAUUUUGACACACCCUUCUACUGGAGAUUUGUUUUGAAAAGAUCUUGCUGCUGAAACGUUGAUAAGACUGUUCUUGUCUCUCUCCACCUUUCUCUUAAUCUCUCUACAGUGCAGUUUGGGCAUUCUCCCGUUCUAAAAUGUACCCCCCCCUGUGUUUGCAGGUCGCACGUUUUCCAUUUAAGGGAAACACCAGCUUCCUGGUAGUGAUGCCGUUGCCAGGAAGAGGAAAUGUGUCAUCGCUGGUGACCAAGCUGAACAUCUCGGACCUGUACAGGCGUCUACCUCAGGAGAGCACCAUGCAGGUCCAACUGCCCAAGUUCACCCUGCAGUACCGUCAAGAGCUACAGGAGGCGCUGACCAGCAUGGGUGAGCACAGAAGUAGUCUAGGAAAUUCCAGACCUAGGGCAAUCGCACUAGUUCGGGGAAUCAUGUCAAAUUUUCUUGGCUGUUCAGACAGAUGACUCUCCCAACAAAUCAUAAGUUUGGGUAGGCGGGGCAUAAAAAGAAUCCCCUCAAACAUGAGGUGGACACACAAUGCAGAUGAAGAUGGUUAGGGUAAUUUUAGCCAGUGGUUGUAAGCUUGUAACGCUGAUGUCAUGGCGCAUGCAAACUACUCAGUUGUGAAAUACACUCAUUGAAAAUAUCCUCCGCAAGCUCCUAGCUAGCUACCGGAAAUGUUUGCGGCGGGGCUCUGGAUGGAUUUUCCAGAGCCCAACUCCGCGCUUUCCUCUCUGCCAAACUGACGUUGGUCUUAGUACAGACGUGCAUGCUGGAACAUUGGUACAUUUUGGGAGGCAACCUGUCUGUCUAGAGAGACUAGCACAGAAGGGUCAAUAGUUUUGGCCAGGAGUUUUUCCUCUCAGGUCUGGAAGAACUCCUGGCAUAGUUUAAGUGAGCUAGAAACAGACAGGUGUAUUACAGCAGUCAAUAAUUACAGUAUAUUGGAUGGAUGAAUGCUCAAUCAAAAUCUCUCUUCUCUCUCAGGUUUGGGAUCUCUGUUCUCUGGUCCUGAUCUGUCCGGUAUCUCGGCGGUUCCUCUGCAGGUGUCCAGUGUGCGUCAUGCCUGCGGGGUGGAGCUGAGUGAAGAAGGGGCUGAUGCGUCUGCAGCCACCUCUGUUACCAUGAUGCGCUCCAUUCCCAUCUUCUUCGUAAACUCCCCCUUUCUGUUCGCCCUGGUAGACCACGCCUCCCUUGCUCCCCUCUUCCUGGGCACUGUCACUAACCCUGCCCCUGACACCAGCCCAAUGCGGAUUAACAGUCUUCUCGGUGAUGAUCCCCAUGGCAACAGGACCCAAAGUGACAGCACUAAUAGUAACAACGACGUACAGAGCGACGGUCCCCAUAGCAGCAACAAUGUACAGUGA